UUUAACUAACAUUCUUUCAUACGCAGGCAUGUCUAGAGGGGGAGAUCAAUGACAUGCCUGACUUGGAUGAAAAUGACCCCUUUAAAAGGGAGAUAAGGAAGUCCUUCCAGAUGUUCCCUCAACUACCUAACAAUUUGCUCGUUGGUGUCAGAGUUGUAGAAGUUUUUUUGCUUCCAAAUUUGCUGGAGGAAGCAUAUGAGUCAACUGCACUAAUUCUUUUGAGAAGGUAUUUCAACGGGGAGGCGGCCCAACAUGUGAUACAAGAGUUGGUUGCUGAUUUAGUACCGGGAAUUGCUCAAUCGUACUUCGGUGGAAAACUUCGCAUCGACUUGGCCGAAAAUGAAGAGUACGUUCUGCUCCUCAUGGGGUUGAACGGUUAUGUGUUCGGCCGAGUGCAGGAAGCGAUGAACUACUUGGAGGAAGCUGAACUUCUUUCAUGUCUUAGUCGGAUCUUCAUUGCUGCAGUCGACUAUUUCAACGCACCAGAGGUAAUAUGCAAUGGAAUCCCCAAUCCUUUCUAGUAAAACGAAGUGGUUUAUGGUUUCAUGGUAGAAAACAUGGCUAGAAUUGAGUUGCAUAUCUUACAAGUAGUUAGUGGUAUGUUUUGGGGAGCUGGAUUAGAAUUAGAGGUGGCAAAUGGGCGGAUUUGGAUGGAUUAAAACGGGUUAUGU